AUGAAAUCAUCAGCCUUGAGAAAAUCAAUUGCUUCUGCUGCCUCGAAAAGAAUCUCAACAACUUCCUCAUGCUUGAGCACAACACUCCAUAAUAAUAAUUGCGGAGGAGUGAACAAGCACUAUUCGACUGCAAGAACAAGUCAUCAUCAACAUGGAAAGAAUUCUUCCGGAUUUUUUUCAUCCUCCUUGAUGAUGAUUUCGAAUUCUUCAAAUGCUUCAAGAGUGAUGACCGUAGCGAAUGGCUUAUCCUCCUCAUCGUACCAUACCAAUCUUCAGGAAUUCAAGAAACCUCUCUUUGAUAAGAUCCUCAUUGCGAAUAGAGGUGAAAUUGCCUGUCGAGUCAUUAAAACAGCUAAAAAGCUCGGUAUUCAAACGGUCGCCGUGUACAGUGAAGCCGAUGCCAAUUCCAUGCACGUAGCUAUGGCUGAUGAAGCCUACUUGUUGGGUCCUCCUGAAUCAAGCCGAUCCUAUUUGUUGGGAGAGAAGAUUAUUGAGAUUGCAAAGAAGAGUGGAGCUCAAGCCAUUCAUCCUGGCUAUGGUUUCCUCUCUGAGAAUGCCAAUUUUGCAAGUCUUUGUGCAAAGAAUGGAAUUGUGUUUAUUGGACCUCCUGAAGGUGCCAUUAUUGCGAUGGGAUCAAAGAGUGAGAGUAAGAAGAUUAUGGAGAAGGCAAAUGUUCCUGUUGUUCCUGGCUAUCAUGGCGAUGAACAGGGAGAAGAGAAAUUGCUGUCGGAAGCAAAGAAGAUUGGAUUUCCAGUUUUAAUUAAAGCCGUGAUGGGAGGAGGUGGAAAGGGAAUGAAAUUGGCAAACAGUGAAAAGGAUUUCAAAGAAGCCUUGUCUUCUGCAAAACGUGAAUCGAAAGCAUCCUUUGGUGAUGAUCGAGUAUUGAUUGAAAAGUAUAUCCAAACUCCUCGUCAUAUUGAAAUUCAAGUGUUUGCGGAUACUCUCGGAAAUUGUGUGUACCUCUUUGAAAGAGAUUGCUCUGUUCAGAGAAGACAUCAAAAGAUUAUUGAAGAGGCACCUGCACCAGGAUUGGAAGACGAUGUCAGAAAGGCCAUGGGUGAGAGUGCCGUAGAUGCUGCUCGUGCUGUGGGAUAUGUCGGUGCAGGAACUGUUGAGUUUAUUAUGGACAAUGACACUCAGAAAUAUUACUUUAUGGAAAUGAAUACAAGACUUCAAGUGGAGCAUCCUGUGACUGAAAUGAUUACAGGACAAGAUUUAGUCGAAUGGCAGAUUGAAGUUGCAUCAGGCAAUCGAUUGCCUUUACUUCAGAAAGAUUUGAAGAGACGAGGUCACUCGUUUGAAGCUCGUAUUUAUGCUGAGAAUCCAGAGAAUAAUUUCCUGCCUGGAACUGGUACAUUGCGUUAUUUGAAUCCUCCUGAGGAAGUUGAGGGCGAAGUGAGAGUUGAAACUGGAGUUAGACAAGGAGAUGAAGUUUCGAUUUAUUAUGACCCAAUGAUUGCAAAACUUGUUGUUUGGGGCGAAAAUAGAGAAUUGGCACUCCGUAAAUUGGUUUCAUGCUUGAAUAGAUAUCACAUUUCUGGAUUGACAACUAAUAUUGAAUUUUUAAAGAGAUUGGCUACCAAUCAAAGAUUUAGAAAUGUUGAAUUGGAGACUCACUUUAUUCAAAAGUAUUACAAUGAAUUGUUCCCAGAAAAGAAGAUGGAUGAUUCCAUCUUCUUAUUGGCCACUCUCUCCUUAAUUGUUAGAAACGAUCGUCACACAGCUCGAUCCAGCGAUCCAUUUGAUCUUCUCAAAGGUAUGAGAUUUAAUCAUAAUCAUGACGAGACCUUUGAGUUCCACCAUCCAUACAAUAAGGAUCAAGUGGUUUCAGUUAAUGUCGAGCAUUUGUGGGAUCCAAUCUCAACCACAAAAUUUGUCAUGAAAAUUGGAAACGCUACUCAUGUUGUCAGUGGAACAUACGAUGCCACUACAAAGGAAAUUGUUGCAUUUGUUGACGACCGAAAGUUCCACAGCACCCUCGCAUUCAGUAAUGACCAAAAGACAAUUUACAUUUUCACAAGAGAUGGCCAACGUUAUGAAAUUGUCCCAGUUUUGGCUGCAUUUGAACAAAAGGGAGGUGCUCAUAUGGGAUCAUUAAAGAGUCCAAUGCCUGGAAAAGUCACAGCCGUGAUGGUCAAGGAAGGAGAUAAGGUUGUCAAAGGAGACACAAUUCUAGUCAUGGAGGCCAUGAAGAUGGAACACAAGAUUGUAGCACCAAAGGAUGGUAUCAUUAAGAGUUUACCUUACGCCGUUGGAGAUUUGGUUCAAGGCGAAGCUGUUUUGGCUGUUUUGGAGUAA